AUGUCGGGCGCACACUUCUUACCUUGCGUGGAUAGUUUCCAGAUCAGGCACCACCAGUGCGAUCCCUGCGUGGUCCGGAAAGCUACCCCCGUGCAGCGUCCAGACGUAUCCGAAGUCAGUGCGACACACAGCCCAGAGACACUCAAAAGCCCAGAGACACUCAAAAGCCCAGAGACACUCAAAAGCCCAGAGACACUCAAAAGCCCAGAGACACUCAAAAGCCCAGAGACACUCAAAAGCCCAGAGACACUCAAAAGCCCAGAGACACUCAAAAGCCCAGAGACACUCAAAAGCCCAGACACACUCAAAAGCCCAGACACACUCAAAAGCCCAGACACACUCAAAAGCCCAGAGACACUCAAAAGCCCAGAGACACUCAAAAGCCCAGAGACACUCAAAAGCCCAGAGACACUCAAAAGCCCAGAGACACUCAAAAGCCCAGAGACACUCAAAAGCCCAGAGACACUCAAAAGCCCAGAGACACUCAAAAGCCCAGAGACACUCAAAAGCCCAGAGACACUCAAAAGCCCAGAGACACUCAAAAGCCCAGAGACACUCAAAAGCCCAGAGACACUCAAAAGCCCAGAGACACUCAAAAGCCCAGAGACACUCAAAAGCCCAGAGACACUCAAAAGCCCAGAGACACUCAAAAGCCCAGAGACACUCAAAAGCCCAGAGACACUCAAAAGCCCAGAGACACUCAAAAGCCCAGAGACACUCAAAAGCCCAGAGACACUCAAAAGCCCAGAGACACUCAAAAGCCCAGAGACACUCAAAAGCCCAGAGACACUCAAAAGCCCAGAGACACUCAAAAGCCCAGAGACACUCAAAAGCCCAGAGACACUCAAAAACACACAAAAAAUCAACUUAGAAAAUACGCACGCUGUUAAGUACAAAAUAUUCAGAGGUUUGAAAGAGCCGUCUGUAGCAGAGUGCAAAGCGUUCUGA